CAUAUUAUAACUUUGGAACGUCAUAAUCAAGUACAUCAUACACCCAACUAUUUAAUAUUGAGCUGCAAUAGUUAUUCCUAUUCCCAGUCCCGAAUCGCCCGUCUUACUUCAGCCAUGUCGAACCCAGCUCUCAAUUUCGUCACCUUCAACCAAGAUCACAGCUGCCUAGCUGUCGGUACCUCGAGGGGAUUUCGCAUCUACCACACCGAACCGUUCUCCAAGAUCUUCAGUAGCGAUGAUGGCAAUAUCGCUAUUGUCGAGAUGCUUUUUUCAACUUCGCUCGUCGCUUUUGUCCUCUCCCCCCGCCAUCUUAUAGUCCAGAAUACGAAGCGUGCCUCCGUUAUAUGCGAACUUACCUUCCCAUCUGCAAUCCUUGCCGUCCGCCUAAAUCGCAAGCGAUUAGCUGUUGUGCUCGAGGAUGAGAUCUACCUCUAUGAUAUAACUACUAUGUCACUCCUCACUAAUAUCGCGACCUCCCCGAAUCCUGCCGCUGUCUGCGCAUUGUCGCCUUCCCACGAACAUUCGUACCUCGCUUACCCUUUGCCGAAACCCCGCGAAGAUACACAAGAUAAGCGACCUUCGCAUGCGCCGCCAGCUUCGCUCUACGCUCCCGUAACGUCUGGAGACGUCCUUAUAUACGAUACAUUGACUAUGCGGGCCGUUAACGUAGUCGAGGCACAUCGCUCUCCCCUAUCCUGCAUUGCGCUCAACAGCGAAGGGACCUUGCUAGCAACAGCUAGUGAGACGGGGACAAUCAUCAGAGUAUUUUCGGUGCCCCGUGGGGAGAAGCUUUUCCAAUUCCGACGUGGAACAUAUCCCAGCACGAUCUAUAGCAUGUCCUUCAAUAUGGCGAGCUCGCUUCUCUGUGUAUCUUCUACUUCAGAUACCGUACACAUAUUCCGACUCCAGCAGCCAGGGCCCAACGGUAACAACCCUGAGGCGCAGACCCCCACAUCUCCUCGGAAAGAUCGUUGGUCUCGUAGUCGUAGCUAUGAUAGCGGUAACGACUCGUCUAAUAGCGCGCAGGGCUCUCCACGUAGCGAGGCGGCUGACGUUCCAACGUCGACGGCGAAUAGACCCGUGGCGAAUAGGAGGCAAAGCGGGUCAUUUAGCAGCAUGCUGCGCCGGUCGUCGCAGAUCAUGGGUCGCAGCGUAGCUGGUGUCGUCGGAAAUUAUCUACCACAGACUGUGACGGAGAUGUGGGAGCCGCUGCGCGAUUUCGCGUACAUCAAGAUACCAAAGAGCACGUCUACGGCACCACGCCCCGGCGGAGCGGGCAAUCAACAACUACGCAGCGUAGUGGCGAUGAGUAGUAGCAGCCCACAAGUUAUGGUUGUUACCAACGACGGUGGUUUUUACGUCUUCAACAUCGAUAUGGAUCAGGGUGGAGAGGGCUACCUUGUGAAACAGUUCUCUGUCCUCGAUAGCGACGAUAAGCUCGAUGCCUCUAAUUAUGGACCGUAGAGCAGUCAUGCCGGCACGAGCAAUAGCAGAAUCAAAGAAGAGAUAAAGGUAGGAGAGGAGGAAGAUGACGAUGAUGAUGGGGAACUCGGGGGUGACAAUUGGCAGCACGUCACAAAAGGGAAUUAGCAUUCGGACGGCGUUAA